CAUUUACAUCAUCUCCUAAGUCAUCUUUUAAAACACGGUCAAUCACAUUUUGGCAGCUGUUCAUCGAUGAUAGUGAAAGCCAUCGCUGCUCAACGUUCAUCUCACCAGCUCACCACGAUCACCCACCCCGAGAUUGCCCUAAGGUCGGGCGAAAGUAUGCAACAUGCAUUCCACAGCUCGCGCCUUCCCGGGUGGCUGGCUGUUUGCUGUCCCUUUAUCACCGCGGCCAUAGCGUCAUCGCUGUUGAGCGCGUGUCAUCCGAACGCGAUCGAUACGUUGUGUGUGUGUGUGUUUACCAAUCGGUGCUGCAGAUGGUGGUUGCAGCUGAUGCAUCUUGACCGCUGCACAUCGAAAUAGAGCGCAACCAUCCAUAAGCUUUCCGCCCGCAAACGAUUGUAAUAGUUUGCGGGCAUGGCAGAGGGUUUUAAAAAGCGAUUCCCUGCCACCAACCGGCCACGGUCAGUAUUGUGACAGUGUUCAAGCUGCUAUCAGUGUGCUUUUCUUUCCCUUCGCGCUAACGAAUCAAACCAGAAAAUAAGCUCAAAAUGGAAAAGUCUGAGCUGGCAAAGACUGAGCUGAGCAAGGAUCAAAUGAAAAUCCUGAAGGAUGCCUUCGAUGCGUUCGACAUUGAGAAGAAGGGCAGCAUCUCGCUGGAGGUCAUCGGCACGAUUAUGGAGCUGCUCGGGUACGGCAUGUCGGAGGAGGAGCUGAAGGAGGUGAUGGAGGACUACGACGAGGACGAGUCGGGCCAGAUCGAGUUCGAGGAGUUUAUCGAGCUGGCCUCGAACUACGUCGAGCCGGAGGAGGACUACGAUGUGCUGCGGGCCGAACUGCGCGAGGUGUUCAUGAUGUACGACAAGGAUGGAACGGGCUUCAUUCCGGUGAACUCGUUCAAGGCGAUCCUCCGGGAGCUGGACGGUGCCGUGCCGGAGAACGAGCUGGACGAAAUUGUGGAUGAGAUUGAUGCGGAUAGCUCGGGAACGGUUGACUUUGAAGAAUUCAUGGAGGUUAUGACAGGACCAAGUGAAUAAGCGUGCAUCAACAUCACCAAACGCACUGGACCCGGUGGAAGCUGCGCUGAAAUACCACAGCAAAAGGGAGGUUACGUACUGGAGUUGAGACGCCUCGAGGAUUCCUUUUAUUAUUAUUUUUGCUCUACACUCCCUGAUUAUUAGUUACGGAAAAUGAUAGAUUUUCUUGCUGCGAAGAAUCGGGUGUGUUCUAUAAGGCGAUCUUUUUUCUUAUACUUCUUUCAACUAUCCUUUUUUGAAAGGAAAUCAUUCCGAAAAUUAAGUAAAAGAGUGAAAUAAAAUUUUGGAUAACAAACGCUUA